UUUCAAACCCUAACCCUAGCUUUCCCUGCAGACCGUCGAUAUACAUAUAAACACAAAAACCCUAGGCGGCAAUCCUAGGCUGCCUAAACCCAAAAUCUGAUUGGUGCUCGCAAGGCACGCAGCAGAGCCAUUCCGAUCCAAUCUCGUCCCCUGCGCUUCUCUUCUUUGUUCUUGCGAAAUGGCGACUCAGAUGAGCAAAAAGCGAAAGUUUGUGGCUGAUGGAGUAUUCUUUGCGGAGCUAAACGAGGUGUUGACCAGAGAGCUAGCUGAAGAUGGUUACUCUGGAGUCGAAGUUAGGGUUACUCCGAUGCGCACCGAGAUCAUCAUUAGAGCCACCCGCACUCAGAACGUUCUCGGCGAGAAGGGGAGGAGGAUCAGAGAGCUGACGUCGGUUGUACAGAAGCGCUUUAAGUUUCCGGAAGGCAGUGUGGAGUUGUAUGCAGAGAAGGUCAACAACAGGGGACUUUGCGCUAUUGCUCAAGCUGAGUCCCUUCGCUACAAGCUCCUUGGCGGCCUUGCCGUUCGGAGGGCCUGCUAUGGUGUUUUGAGAUUUGUUAUGGAGAGUGGGGCAAAAGGAUGCGAGGUGAUUGUUAGCGGUAAACUCAGGGCACAGCGUGCCAAAUCCAUGAAAUUCAAGGAUGGGUACAUGAUCUCAUCUGGUCAGCCAGUUAAUGAAUACAUUGAUUCAGCAAUUCGACAUGUUCUCCUAAGACAGGGGGUGCUUGGUAUCAAGGUUAAGAUCAUGCUUGAUUGGGAUCCGAAGGGAAAGCAGGGCCCGACAACACCACUCCCAGAUGUUGUGACAAUCCAUACUCCUAAAGAGGAUGAGGAGUACUCCAGGCCAGCAUUGAUUCCUCCUACCGAGCUUGAGGCCCCUGUGUUAUAAAUACAAUCAUUUAGUGACAAAUGUUAUUCCAAUCAGUUCAGUUAUCUGGUAAUCCCCUUGAAAUGUUAUACAUUUGUUUUGGAUAUAAGUUUUAUAAAGAUUUGAGGUUGUUCGAUGCAGCAAUAGGAGGGUAACUUUGCCGGUGCUGCGAUGGUUUCAAGUAAAGCUUGAUAUCACAUUUUGCCUCCGUUGUUUUA